AUGUCGUAUUUCCCAGCGUCCUCUGCUACGCCUUAUAAUCACAGACGCUCAUUGGAUGCCGCCGCCACAACCACUCCCGCCGGACAAGAUCUUGCUUCCACAAGUAACAGGUCGGAAAGUACACUUGCACCACUAUUUCGCUUCAUCAAAGAUCCUACAUCUGCACUGACGUCGGUGUUUGCCUCAGAUGAGGCUACAAGACGUCACCAGCUUGCUAGUGCGCGUUUGAAGAAUGCGAUAAAUUUUGCGGAUUGGGAAAAGGCGGCGAAAGAGUUGGAUCAUUUAGAAGGGAGCGAAGGAUGGAAAUCGGACCCCUGCUCGCCAGACUACGAUUCCGAUUUGAUAUCGGCGCGUCUAAAGCAACUUGACGAUGCACGACUCUCUUGUGAUAUAGGACGGAUGAUUUUUCUUAUAAGAACUACAUUGUCACGAAAUCUUGGUGAAAUGGGAAACAUUCGGCUCUACAAGUAUUCGCAUACAGGCACGAAACGACUCAUAGAGAAAUACAUUGACUCGUGCCUAGCAACACUCGACACACUUAUUUCUCUUCCGGUCACUGCUGACGCCCCCUCAAGUUGCGAGAUUCUGGAAUCUCUCAUCAAUACUCGCCAAGCAUUUGGCCGUACAGCUCUCUUGUUAUCUGGUGGUGCUACAUUCGGGAUGAAUCAUGUUGGGGUUAUGAAAGCGCUAUGGGAGGCAGACUUGCUUCCGCGAAUCAUUUCUGGGGCUUCAGCCGGUUCUAUUGUCGCUGCUGUGCUGUGUACAAGAACGGACGAUGAGCUACCAAAUAUUUUGGAAGAGUUCCCGUUUGGUAACCUAGAUGUGUUUGAAGACGGGAAGAACCCCGAGACAAUUCUAAGCCGACUUGCAAGAUUUUUGAAGAUCGGUGCUUGGAUUGAUAUCUCGCACUUGACAGGAGUUAUGCGGGAAUUGGUAGGGGACAUAACGUUUCAAGAAGCCUACAACCGAACCAGGAGAAUAUUGAAUAUCUGCGUCACUAGUGCUAGUGUCUACGAGCUACCGCGCUUGCUGAACUAUGUGUCUGCUCCUAAUGUUCUAAUCUGGUCCGCUGUUGCUGCAUCUUGUUCUGUUCCCUUCCUAUUCUCAGCGGUGUCCCUGCUUUCUAAGGAUCCUAACACAGGUCUUCCAGUCCCCUGGAGUCCAACGCCUCAGCGAUGGAUCGAUGGAUCCGUUGAGAACGAUCUUCCGAUGACAAGACUUGCGGAGAUGUUCAACGUGAACCACUUCAUCGUCAGUCAAGUAAAUCCCCACGUUGUUCCAUUCCUACCAAAGGAAUUUGUUAUCUCCCCGGAUCACGCCCCCGCUCCACCCGAAAGUUCUGCUGCGGGGUGGGGUGAAACGGUGGUAAAGUUGGCAGUGGGAGAGGUACUUCACAGGAUGAAUAUGCUUGCAGAGAUGGGUAUUUUCAAGACAAGCCUAACGAAGGCUCGCUCCGUCUUGUCCCAAAAGUACUCGGGCGAUAUCACGAUUCUUCCGGAGGUUUCAUACGCGGACUUUCCAAAGAUGCUCAAGAAUCCGACGACAGAGUUUAUGUUUCAAGCAACACUACGUGGAGAACGCGCAACCUGGCCGAAACUGAGUAGGAUUCGGAAUCAUUGUGCUAUUGAAUUGGCGUUGGAUACGGCGAUUCAUAAAAUCAGAACAAGGGUUGUGUUCUCGCCUAGUCAAGUGGAUUUACGAAUGGGAAACCUUCGGGGGAUUAGUAGUGGUGAUGACAAAGGACUUGGAGCAUCAGGAACGUCUACGUCCACAACGAAUGGUGCUCUAACGCCCUUCGUUGUUGUGGGUGGGCGUGGCAAGAAACGUGGUAUGAGGAGACGAAUGCAUAGCCAUGAUCCGAGUACACACCCACUCCGAGACCGGAGCCUGUCAAGGAGAUGGCGGAGCGGGGCAAUAUCCCCGGUUCACACGAGGAAUGAAAGUAGACACAAUAAUAUAUUUUUCACUCCUAGCAACAUACCAUCGAAGGAGCUCGAGCCUGAGGAUGUUGAGAACGUCAAGGAUGUCGAAGCCGACACUAAUAUCUCAACAACCACGUCGUCGUCGGAAGAUUCACUGGGUGAUUCAGAACCAGAGACAGAAGUUAUAAAAACCAGCUCUAUUCUGUCUGCAGACGGGACAUAUGAAUGGAGUCUCGUUGACCCAUAUUCGGAAAGCGAAGGUGCUCACGACGAGGAUGGGAUACAGCAUAUACAUAUGGCGAAUACUCCCCGAAGAAGAAGGAGCCAUCCCCGUCCGUCCGUGCCCUCUGUGGCUCCUUCAACUGGGAAUACACACCUCGCGUCUGCGCCCUCGACGCCUGGGGGGACUGUCCCACCCGCCACACUCCGCCGAUGGGAAAUGGUGUUCGGCCGAAUGACCCCAGUAACUGGGGACGACGGGGCCCAGGCGGUCAAAGUGGGUUUAGGAAGAGCAAAGAGUGCAGGAGAGUUGAAGGGGUUGCUGGGGUAA